AAUCACAAAGUGCAAGGGAGAAAUACCCGUAGAACAUAAAUAGAAGGUACUCUGGGCUCAUGUGAAGUCCGGCGGGUACUCCGCACCGCUGCGUACCGGGCCCACUUAAAGCACUGAUGUUAUGUAGAAUAGCUAUGUGUUAACAACGUUGGGCUUGUGUGGGACUUCACGGAGCAAUACGGUAAUGUUAAGUGAAGACAGACUAUCCAAAACUGAAGGAUUCUUCAAAGUCUCCAUGUCCACUAAUUCAGCUACAAGACAUUCGACAAUUCGACAUCAUGCUAAUUAAGGUAUUAGAGGUUGAACAAUUUGUCCUCCAUCCUGAUCCAGAAUCAUAAUGGUACAACUCUGUGUAUGUUCUAGUUAAGCAAACCUGCAAUGCUGAAUGCCAUGUGCAACCAGCCAAGCUGACCCAACCAGCCCUGAGCUCGCCCCGUCUGAGGAAUGCACAGUGAGUGGUUGGGGUGUGACAUCACCAUACAGAGUCAUUCUCUCCCCUGAGCUGCGGGCUGUUGAUGUGAACAUCAUGGCUUUCUGCAACUACUACUACUGGGUCAAUAUCACUCCAAACAUGCUCUGCACCGGAUCUCAAAUCAGAGGCAAAGAUUCAUGCCAGGGUGACUCAGGCGACCGCCUGAUCUCCAAUGGCUUCCUGGAGGGCAUUGUGUACUGGAGUAUCAGCUGCGCGAACCCCUAUUUCCCUGGAGUCUAUACUACUAAAGUCAGGUACUACAUGCCUUGGAUCAACUGGAUAAGUGAAAAUGAAAAGUAAACCAAAUGUAGGCAGGCGGCUUGAGUUGGGAUAACUCCAAUCAACAAAAAGACUGACUACAACAUGCAGCCUUAUGACAAUUCACUUUUAGCGUCCCAUUUUAUUCAACUUGGUUUGAUAUGUUUCUGAAAAUGUGUUGAGGUAACUAAAUUAAAUUGGCUUUAUUUUGUCAUUUUAAAAUAAAUGUGAACAGCAUUCAAAUGCACAGCUUUUACAAACCGAUUUCACAAAGCUUCAUGAAUGUUCAGUCAUUGCAGCCUGUGGCAUGGCACUAUUUCCACUUUGUGCCUUCCUCUUCAAGUUGUUGGCCCAAAUCUGCCUUGUAGUCAGUGUAUUUUUAACGACUUUCCUCAAAUGCAUGAAGCAUACUCUCAUUUGACUGGAUGGAUUAUAACACAAAAAAUGUCGUUCAUGUCUACUUUUAACAUCAUUUUCUCCUUGAUGAAAAAGGUAAACCACCACACUUAAAUUUAAGGGCAAUGUUAAACAAAUUUUGGUUGAAU